AUAGAGAGAGAAAGAGGAGAGAAAUUGAAAAGAAAAGGGCGCUCCUUUGCUCUCUCUCUCUCUCUCUCUCUCAUAGAAAUCAUGUGUUGAGCUAGAGCUCCAAGCAAUCAUAGCAAUCUCCAACCUCCAUUAAUAAACAAAACGAAGGAAGGAAAACCCAUAAAAAUCCCCACUGGAAAUGAUUCAAAUGAACCACUUCUUAUGGACAACUCACCAUCCAGAAGCCACCACCACUGCCUCCCAUUAACAAAACCCUCAUCAAACCUCAACCCAUUUGCGCUUUUGAGCUACUGGGUCUCAAAAUCCCUGAAAAAGCCAAGAUUCCCAAAUGGGUGUGUGUUGAAAAGCCCUGUUUCUUGGAGCUGCCCUGUUUUUGGGCAGAUUGAGGGGAUCAAAAUGGAGAGUAAUUUGAUUGAGGGAAGUGGGUUUAGAGAGAGCGAGGAGUAUAGUGAGUCCACUGAAGCGGGGAGCAGAGACAGCAGUUCGAGCACUGAGGCUUCGUCGAGCGAAGAGAAGCAGAGUUGCGAUGAGACUGAGGAAAUCUCCGAGGAGGUUGCUGACUUGGGUUGGCCAGUGAAGAAGAAUUCGGUUAAUGAGGAGAAAACCCUUGUUGAACAGGGGAAGAUCGAUAAGCCCAAGCCAAGUGUUUCAGAUACCGAUAUGAUGAAGGAGAGAUUUUCAAAAUUGUUGCUUGGAGAAGACAUGUCAGGGUGUGGGAAGGGUGUCUGCGCUGCAUUGGCGAUUUCGAAUGCCAUCACCAAUCUCUGUGCCACACUUUUUGGGCAACUUUGGAGGCUAGAGCCUAUUCCUCCUGAGAAGAAAUCUAUGUGGCAAAGGGAGAUGGAAUGCCUCCUCUGUGUUAGCGAUCACAUCGUUGAACUGAUACCUUCUUGGCAAACGUUUCCUGAUGGAAGCAAGCUUGAGGUCAUGACCUGCAGACCACGUUCAGAUCUGUUCAUCAAUCUCCCUGCCCUUCGUAAAUUAGACAACAUGCUCCUUGAAAUAUUGGACAGUUUUCAUGACCAAGAAUUUUGGUACGUUGAUCAAGGGAUUUUAGCACCAGAGACCGAUGGCUCAGCCUCUUUCAGGAGAAACUUUCAACGUCAAGAGGAGAAAUGGUGGCUGCCCGUGCCCCAUGUUCCUGCUGGAGGCCUUCAAGAGAGCUCAAGAAAGCAGUUGCAGCACAAACGAGAAUGCACGAACCAGAUCUUGAAGGCGGCAAUGGCCAUUAACAGCAAUUCUUUAGCAGAAAUGGAAGUGCCUGAGUCCUUUCUUGAUUCAUUGCCUAAGAGUGCCAGAGAGAGCCUUGGUGAUGUGAUACAUCGAUACAUCACCUCUGAUCAAUUCUCCCCUGAAUGCCUUCUCGAUUGCCUCGAAUUCUCCUCUGAACACCAAGCUCUAGAGAUUGCCAAUCGCGUCGAGGAGUCCCUUUACGUAUGGAGUAAAAAAACUGCAUCAAGAGCGAGAAACAAUGCAGAGAAGAGGGAGUUAUUUGCAGAUAGAGCUAAGAGCCUCUUGCUAUGCUUGAAGCAAAGGUUUCCUAGCCUUACACAAACCACACUGGACAUAAACAAAAUCCAAUUCAACAAGGAUGUUGGAAAAUCAAUUCUAGAAAGCUAUUCCAGGGUUUUGGAGAGCCUAGCGUUCAACAUUGUUGCUCGAAUUGAUGAUCUAUUAUAUGUCGAUGACUUAACUAAGCAUUCGAAUCCAUCUCCAUCGAUUAUGCCAGUGAGCUCGGUUCACAAAAGACUUCCAGUUCCUUAUUCAGUGAAUGUUUCGAGUAGUCCAUAUGCCAGUGCUCGUGCAACUCCAAGCAUUUCACCUAUGCCAUUGAUAAGCCCAGCUCGCGGGGAGAGGACCCCUUUUAUCACGAGAAAGGCUCAUAAUCGAGGUUUUGGAGUGAAGAAAGUUCUGACAGAUUAUUUGAAUGGUGAAGGGAGAGGGAAGAACAAUUGUAAUGUUGUUGAUAUUUCAGCGCCGAUUCAAAGAUGAAGGAACGGU